AUGCAGGUAACAAAUGUUAAUGAUGUUCGUGUUUAUAAUUUAACAUGUGGUCAAAAAGCUGUACCAGAAUGGCUUACGGAUGAUAAAAGAAAAAAAUUGAAGAAAGAAGCCGAUGUGAAACAACGUAUUGAACUUAUUCAAGGUUUUGAAAUGCCAAUGUUAAGUAGUUCUAUAUCAAUGACACGUGAUGGUCAAUACAUAUUUGUCACGGGCUCGUAUAAACCACGUGUUCGUUGUUAUGAUGUUAAUGAAUUAUCAUUAAAAUUUGAACGAUGUUUUGAUAAUGAAUGUAUACAAAUGAAAAUUCUUUCAGAAGAUUAUUCAAAAGUAAGAAUAAUUAUUUAA